AGGAUGAGUGAUUACAAACCUUCCAAACCGAAGCUUGCUAGUAAGGAACGUUACAGAGAUACCCUGGAUGUGAUUUCUAAAGCCAGAUAUGACCAGAAAAUCAGCAUUAUCGGUGGAAAGGACCCAUACGAACUUACGAAGUCAGAAUGGAGUGACGAUGUCCACGAACUGCCUGCCAUCGCAUACCCAGAUAUCGUGAACUAUUUAGUCAACACUCAAAGUGCUUACACUCUGGACAAUUUGAAGGCUUAUAAAUCGCUAGAAUCGUACAACUAUUUCGUCAGUGGUUGGGUGAGAGAUCUCGGUUCUGUGAAGAUGGAUAAUGAUUUACGCCUGAUAUCGGCACGAGUCCGCCAUUCUCAGUGUAUGAAUGACUCACCAUUACACCCGUGGUUGAUGGCAGAGAAUAACGGUAAGGUCAUGGCUGCCCAUUGUAACUGUAUGGCUGGACUUGGCGAGUCUUGUAGUCAUGUCGGUGCACUCAUGUUUGCGCGUGAUGCGUCAGUGAAACUCAAGAGAUUCUCAGACAGUUACACAAGACAAGGCGUAUUGGCUUCUCCCUUCCUCAGUUAAGAAAGUCA